CAAGAUCUGUUGUUCUUCCUAAUAACAAUGAAAAAAAUAUUGAAGAAAGUGAAGAUAAUUAUAGUGAACCAAUCGGUUCAUCUGAUGAUGUUUGGCAAGAAUUCUCUUACGCACAGAAUGUGGCGCUGGAUGUAGAUGAGGAGGAGGAUGAGGAGGCUCUUUGACCUGGAGGGUGAUCGCUCACGGAGUAUCACCCCAGGUAGUGGUGCUGAUGAUCCACUACCAUCUCCGGAUGCAGAUGCUGGAUAUUCAUCACCCGGCCCCUCUGAUGCAGCACCAGAACCAUCCCCCGACGCAGGUGCUACUUGGACCCCGACAUAUCCAUCAUAUACAUUCCAUACUGACUUGCGGCCAAAGACCCAGGACUUUCUCAGUUUACCUUUACCUCCGGACUCUCAUAAGUCCAAGGCUGAUUCAAGGAAGUACCACCCACGUGCUGCGAGAAGGUAUCAGGAAAUGCUUCCUAUGUUGGAGACUAGGAAAGCUGUUGCACUCGCAGCAAAAGAAAGAGAGAUAGCGAAUGGUAAAUUAUAUAAAUACUUUUAAUUUUCACA